UUUAUAAAGAUUGUCGGUGGAUGAAUCACUAAAUUAUUUUUUUAUGCAUUUAAAGCACCACCUUGAGUUUUGUUCAGAUAAUUUAUUUUGGGGGAGCAAAUGUUUAUUUGCAGUCUAUUAUCCUGCCAGAGGAAAAAAAGACAUACACGAAAAUAGUUUUGGCAAACUAUCCGUGGAAGGAGGAAUCUCCGCUGUGAAUUCCUUUUCAAGAUUUCUUAUUUUUCAAUAAAGGAAGUUUACUUGCCAUUUGGAGGGCUAGGGUUAGGAGGGGUAAUAUAUUAUUUUGCCUGUAAAUCCCUUUCAGACUUUAACUGUGAUUAAGGGCUUGGUCAAUACAAUUGACUUGACUUGACAUGAAAGGCUGUAUAAUGAUAACCAAAAUCAUCAACGACAAUGACAGAAGGGGUGGGUUUCUGCAAACACAUAAGUGAGAUGCUAACUAAUGGUUUAACAUGCAUUACUCUCUGCCGCCUGUCGAUGGGGCCGUUUUCUUAUUUUCCUGGAGAUUGCCGUCAUUGUGUAGAAGAAGAAAGGGAACAUAAGGAAGCUCUUUAAUUUGACAGCUUGCUAAAGUGAUGAGGAGAUGAGUGUCCCGGACUACAUGCAGUGUGCGGAGGACCACCAGACGGUACUGGUGGUGGUCCAGCCGGUGGGCAUUGUGCCCGAGGAUCAGUUCUUCCGCAUCUAUAAGCGCAUCGCCAGCGUGAGCCAGGUGAGCGUGCGGGACUCCCAGCGGCAACUCUACAUCCGCUACCGCCACCACUACCUGCCCGAGAACAACGAGUGGGGCGACUUCCAGACGCACCGCAAGGUGGUGGGCCUGAUCGCCGUCACCACCUGUGCCUCGGCCAAGGAGUGGCCGCAGACGUCGGAGCGUUUCCAUGGCCAGAAGGAGGUGUUUGGCUCCACGCUGUACGACUCGCGCCUCCUAGUCUUUGGGCUGCAGGGGGAGAUUGCCGAGCAGCAGCGCACGGACGUGGCCUUCUACCCGGCGUUCGACCAGUGCCCGGACGUGGAGAAGCGCGUGGAGGACUUUGUGGAGUCCAUCUUCAUUGUGCUGGAGUCCAAGCGGCUGGACCGGGCCACCGACAAGUCCGGGGACAAGAUCCCCUUGCUCUGCGUGCCCUUUGAGAAGAAGGACUUUGUGGGUCUCGACACAGACAGCAGGCAUUAUAAGAAGCGCUGCCAGGGCCGCAUGAGGAAGCACGUGGGGGACCUGUGUCUCCAGGCGGGCAUGCUCCAGGACGCCCUGGUGCACUACCACAUGGCCGUGGAGCUGCUGCGGGGAGUCAACGACUUCCUGUGGCUGGGCGCUGCGUUAGAGGGCCUGUGUUCGGCUUCAGUCAUCUUCCACUACCCUGGGGGUACGGCGGGGAAGACCGGGGCCCGCAAACCCAAACAGUCCCAGCCGGCAGAUGCUGGGAAACGCCACAGGCCGGGGGCACAGGAGGUUCUCAUUGACCCAGGUGCCCUCUCAGCCAAUGGGAUCAGUGCAGACACCAGCACUGAGAUCGGCCGCGCCAAGAACUGCCUGAGCCCAGAGGACAUCAUAGAGAAAUACAAAGACGCCAUCUCCUACUACGGCAAGUACAAGAACGCCGGCGUGAUCGAGCUGGAGGCCUGCGUGAAGGCGGUCAGGGUGCUGGCCAUCCAGAAGAGGGCCAUGGAGGCCUCCGAGUUCCUGCAGAACGCCGUGUACAUCAACCUCGGACAGCUGUCUGAGGAGGAGAAGAUCCAGCGCUACAGCAUCCUGUCGGAGCUCUACGACCUCAUUGGCUUCCAGCGCAAGUCGGCCUUCUUCAAGCGUGUGGCGGCCAUGCAGUGCGUGGCGCCCACCAUCCCGGAGCCGGGCUGGAGGGCCUGCUACAAGCUGCUCCUGGAGACGCUGCCCGGCUACAGCCUCUCCCUGGACCCCAAGGACUUCAGCAAAGGGACCCACCGGGGCUGGGCGGCCGUCCAGAUGCGCCUCCUGCACGAGCUGGUGUAUGCCUCGCGCCGCAUGGGGAACCCGGCCCUCUCGGUGCGCCACCUGUCCUUCCUGCUGCAGACCAUGCUGGACUUCGUGUCGGAUCAAGAGAAGAAAGAAGUGACCCAGAGCCUGGAGAACUAUACCUCCAAGUGUCCCGGAGGGAUGGAGGUCAUCACCCUGCCCGACGGCCUCAAGCUCCCCCCCGUCCCCUUCACCAAGCUUCCCAUCGUCAGGUCGGUGAAGCUUCUGGAUCUGCCGGCCAGCCUGCGGCCCCACAAGGUGAAAGGCCUGCUGGGACAGAACAUGUCCACCGCCAGCCCCUUCAUCUACUCACCCAUCAUCAUGCACAACCGCGGAGAGGAGCGCUGCAAGAAGAUAGACUUCCAGUGGGUGCAGGGGGACGUGUGUGAGGUGCAGCUCAUGGUCUACAACCCCAUGCCGUUCGAGCUGCGCGUGGAGAACAUGGGUCUGCUGACGUCCGGGGUGGAGUUUGAGUCCCUGCCAGCUGCCCUCUCCCUGCCUGCAGAGUCUGGCCUCUACCCAGUGACCCUGGUCGGUGUCCCACGCACCUCGGGCAACAUUACUGUCAAUGGUUACCACACCUCUGUGUUCGGGGUGAACAGCGACUGUCUCCUGGAGGGCCUGACCAACGUGAAGACCGGGGGCUGUCUGGUGGAGGUGGUGCCCUCGCUGCCUCGCCUCCAGCUCACCACCUCCCUCCCACGGUCGGUGAACGUGCUGGCGCCGCUGUCCAAGGAGGAGCUGUCCAGCCGCGUGUCCCUGCAGCUGUUCAACGGGGAGACCCAGCAGCUGACCAUCACCCUGGAGAACAUCGGCACCGAGGACAUCCAGAGCCUGGAGCUCACCUCCAAGAUGGUCAACACCAAAGAUAAGAUGUACGGGGAGUUUCUGAGCUGGGACCUGGCGGAGGCGGACUCUCAGCUGCCCCUGAAGCCCGGCCAAUCGGUGGCGGUGGCGGUGGGCGUGCGGGUCAAGCUGGACUUCUCCGGCCAGGAGAGCCUGCUGCAGGAGCUCAACGACGACGGGAUCAGCGUGACCGGACUGCCCAUCUCCAGCCCGCUGCGUCACGUCCUGAAACCCCGCGCAGAGAAGUCCGGUGGUACAGAGGGCGGCAAGACGGAGUACAGUCACAUCAAGAGCCUGGAGGCGGUGCUGAACUUUAAGUACUCUGGAGGUCCCGGGAAGGUGGAGGGCUACUACCGGGAGCUGUCCCUGGGGGUCCACGUGGACGUGGAGCCCUCGGUGUUCUUCACCCGGGUCAGCACGCUCCCGGCCACCAGCACGCGCCAGUGUCACCUCCUGCUGGAUGUCUUCAACUCCACGGAGCACGAGGUCACCGUGAGCGCCAAGAACAACCAGGACCUGGUGCUGCAUGCCAGCGAGUGCCAGAGGAUGGCCAUCCAGGUGGACCGCAUCGACUUUGAGAGCCUGCCCCAGCGGGAGCCCGACCCCCAGCGCUACGCAAGCGCCAAGCAGCUGGAGGAGGAGCGGCUGCGCGCCCAGGGCUGCCAGAUCAACAGCAAGCUGGGCCUCUGCUGGACCAUCCCGUCUCUGCGGCGCCAAGGGGAGGCCAGCGUGGAAGGAGUGCUGAACCAGCUGGUCCUGGAGCACCUGCAGCUGGCUCCUCUGCAGUGGGACGUGGCGGUGAGCGGGAAGCCGUGUGACUGUGACGUGGUGGCCCAGUGCCGGGUGGGCGAGGCGGUGGAGCUGGAGGUGAGGCUGACCAACCGCAGCCAGGGCCCGGUGGGGCCCUUUGCGCUGACCGCCAUCCCCUGCCAGGACUACCAGAACGGGGUGCUGAACCACGAGCUGCAAGACGCCGUGACCUUCAUCGGCUCCAACACCUUCCACAUCGACGCCGUGAAGCCCCAGGAGAAGGCCGUGUGCGCGGGCGCGCUGCUCUUCCUGUGCACCGGGGACUUCUACCUCAACAUCCGCUUCCAGGACGACUCCAGCAGCAGCGGCGGGCGGGAGCUGCCCCUCUCCUGGUUCUGCCUGCCCAGCGUCCACAUCAAGGCGCUGGACACCCCGCCCGAGGCCGGGGCCUGAGGGGGGCCCCCAGGGGCCCGAGGCUGGCGGGGCCCAUCGCGGCACGCUAGAUGAGGUUAUGUUCUGUAAAAGCCUUGUUGUGGCAGUCCCAUGUAAAUACUGCCUUGUGUGGAUGUGUGUGUACACGUAAAGAAGAAUCCUAUAAAUGUGUUUAGUGUCGUUUCAGUGGAAGGGCCUGAGUGAGCGCUGCUUAUCAGAGGUCGGGGGCCUCUUGAAUGCUUGUUUCCACUGGUUUAAGCUGAGGUUUUAUCUGGAGGCAAAACCACUUGCUAAAUGACCUUUGUCUUACAUAAGGGUUGAAUGAGUAAUAUUGCCCUUUUGCAUCAGCAAAAACACUUUCUCCGUGGAGAAAGUGUGCUCACGGGCAAUAAAACUUCCUCAGGAGGCAGACGGGAAAAACCACCAAAUGUACUGGAUACCGCAAUGAAAAUACUAUUCACCCUCAUUAUUCACCACAGAGGAUAACUCAACUGUUGGACUUGGCGCAUAAUUUGUAAAUAAAUGCUUGAAAAAAUAAAUAAAGGAAACCUUGGUUUAUUUC